AUGAGCUUGAAAGAAGUAUUCGAACAACAUCCAUGGAGGUCAUUUAAGAAGUUCAAUGAAGCUGCAAAGAGUUGGGGAUUUACUAACAGAGCUGAAGUGAAAAGGUUCUUUGACAAAAAUGUUGUACAUCAAACAAAAAUAAACCCUUACGACUACUUUUUACCAAUUUACUCCAACACUCCUGACGCAUACCAAUUUGACACUCUCAUUCAAAGCAGAAAAGGAGGACAUAAACCAUUCCUCAUCUUCAUAAAUGUUAACACUCGUAAAGCAUAUGCAUAUCCAAUGAAGAACAAAGGAACUCGUGAAGUGUUAAGAGUUUUACAAAAGUUUGUAGCAGAACAUAACCCAAGUACUUUAACAUCAGACCAAGACAGUGCAUACCUCAGCAAUGAAAUCACAGAUUUUCUCAUUAAGCAUAACAUAA